AUGGAGAUCAAUUCGCCUCAGCCAGAACAUGCUCAAUUGGUUGGGUCCCGGGUGCACCCCAAGACGGCCGCUUCCGGCCGUCUUUUAGCAGCCCUACACCAACAGGUGGUUAGUGCCACCAAUGCGGCCAGCAGACCCGGACCCGGGUCGAUUGAUGCGGCUUUGUUGGAGCCUGCCAUCGUGGAAAACCAGCUCAUCCCAUCUCCACCAUUGUCGCCCAAAUUGGUGGCUCAGGAUAUCAACGACUCGUUUGAAAACGACUCCAAGACCCUGGCUCACGAAGAAGACUACGAUUCGCUACUCGUGAGCCCGAUCAGUGACGCCCAGGUAUCACCCAGACGAUACCGUGCAGCAACGCUUGGGUUCCUGGCCCAGUACCGGUGCAUAGAUCUGUCAAGGUCCCACAAACGGUAUCCAGGAUCCUCUAAUUACAAAACAGCUCGCAGAACCCGCAAUUACACAUUUUCCCCCGCUGGAGCAGCUUCUCACAAUUCCGGAAACUCCGAUUUCGAGAGAUCGUACCGCACGCGGCGUGUCACUGGCAACAUGGCCUCUCAAUCGGGUUCAGCCCUACGUCGCCCUGGAAAUUUAGAGCUUUCUCGUGAUUCCACACCAGUCAUUUCAAGACCCUCAACACCUACAAACAGACAUCGCAAAACCGCACAGGUAUCUUCGCCAUUAGCUUCUGCUGCAGCAGUAUCUGCCCCAAACAUGAGUUGGGAGCGUUUACCAGACUACAGUCCGCCAAUAUCGUUGCUACCUAACAACAACAAGUGUCUGAAAGUUGAAUGGAAGGGUUCAUCCAUGGAUCUUUCUGACGAUCUUCUUAAGGACCAUCUACAUCCAGCAGAGUUGCAAUUGGCUCAAAUACUAAGGCUGCCAUGCGACUUAUACCUGGACUCCAAGCGCAGACUUUUCUUAGAAAAAAUGCAUCGUUUGAAGCAAGGGUUACCGUUCAGAAGAACUGAUGCUCAAAAGGCAUGUAGGAUUGACGUGAAUAAAGCGUCCAGACUUUUUGCAGCCUAUGAGAAAAUUGGAUGGUUGCAAGAUGACAAAUUCGAAAAGUUUCUAUGA